GCAGCUUGGGGAAACCCAUUCUACGAUUUGAAGCUGGUUGGCCUUUCUCCUUUGGCCCUCGAAGGAGCCAAUUAGCUCUAAACUGCUCCCUGUCGCAGUUGCAGACGUCAGCUCCGCGCCGGCUCUGCUUGGAGGGGAGGCAAGAUGGCGGAGUUAGGGAAAAAGUAUUGCGUGUAUUGCUUGGCUGAGGUGAGCUCGCUGCGCUUCCGUUGCACCGAGUGCGCCGACAUCGAACUCUGCCCCGAAUGUUUCUCGGCGGGUGCCGAGAUCGGCCCGCACCGGCGCUGGCACGGUUAUCAGCUGGUGGACGGCGGGCGCUUCACGCUUUGGGGUGCUGAGGCCGAGGGCGGCUGGAGUAGCCGGGAGGAGCAGCUCUUGCUGGACGCUAUCGAGCAGUUCGGCUUCGGCAACUGGGAAGAUAUGGCUGCUCAUGUUGGAGCAUCACGGACUCCUCAGGAAGUGAUGGAACACUAUGUAAGCAUGUAUAUACAUGGUAAUCUUGGAAAAGCCUGCAUUCCUGACAUAAUCCCAAACAGAGUAACGGAUCACACCUGCCCAAGUGGUGGACCACUUUCUCCAAGCCUAACAACACCUCUGCCACCUCUAGACAUAUCAGUUGCUGAACAGCAGCAGCUGGGAUACAUGCCAUUUAGAGAUGACUAUGAGAUUGAGUAUGACCAAGAUGCUGAGACUUUAAUCAGUGGCCUUUCAGUGAACUAUGAUGAUGAUGAUGUAGAAAUAGAAUUAAAAAGAGCUCAUGUGGACAUGUAUGUAAGAAAACUAAAGGAGAGGCAGCGGCGAAAGAAUAUUGCUCGUGAUUACAACCUAGUUCCUGCCUUUUUAGGGAAGGAUAGAAGGGACAAAGAAAAACCUUCAAAACGCAAGAUCACAAAAGAAGAAAAGGAGCUGAGGUUAAAACUGAGGUCUCUCUAUCAGUUUAUGUCUUGUAAAGAGUUUGAUGAUUUCUUUGAAAAUCUGCAUAAAGAGAAGGUACUUCGAACCAAGAUUAGGGAACUGCAGAGGUAUCGACGGAAUGGAAUAACAAAAAUGGAAGAGUCAGCAGAAUAUGAAGCAGCUAGACACAAACGAGAGAAAAGGAAAGAAAAUAAAAAUAUUACUACUUCUAAGAGGGGCAAGGAAGAUGGUAAAGAUGGGGAAUUUGCUGCAAUUGAAAAUCUACCUGGCUUUGAACUGCUAUCUGACAGAGAGAAAGUACUUUGUAGCUCUAUUAACCUAAGUCCAGCACGAUAUGUGACUGUUAAAACUAUCAUAAUUAAAGACCAUCUCCAAAAAAGACAGGGUAUUCCAUCAAAAAGUCGUCUUCCUAGUUACUUAGAUAAAGUACUCAAGAAAAGGAUUUUGAAUUUUUUAACUGAAAGUGGUUGGAUAUCCAGGGAUGCUUCUUGAAUCUUGUGAAGCUGCUUUGGAAUAGCAUCAAUAUGAACAAAAGGCCCAUCAUUGGUCAAAAUAGUCUGUUACUUUUCUCUGAUUUCUUUAAAACCUAGGAUUUCUCCUCUAAAAGCUUAAAAUGCUCAACCUAACUGGAUUCUUCUGUGAUAGAUCAUGCAAAUGCUCAAUUUCUUACCCUCACAGGUGAGGAAGCUGCCUUAAAACACCCGUUGUAGAUGAGGUGGCUUGCUUAUCUAUUGGCUAAUGUAUCAAAGAUGAGAUGUGGAACCUUGAUACUAGCACUGAGCUCCAGCUCUGCUGUAGAAGUUGUUUAUGAAGGGAAAAGACCUUCAGCUUACAGUUUGGACAUAGUGCUAGCUGAGGCAGCAGCUUUCUGCACACUUACUUGGGUGUAGUCCCAUUGGCUUCAGUGGAACUUGCUGUUGACUAAGCCUGUAUAGGAGCAGACUGUGUUUUCUUUUUCUAAAUCUUAUGUAUUAAAAGUCGAGGCAUUGAGAAAUUAGGAUCUUUUGGUGACUCUCCCUAGCUAUGAACCAGUUCUGUUCUUUGGCACAUACAUGUAUCUUGCUAGACUGGCAGCAGAACAUAUGGAAUAGCAAGGAAAGAGGGCAUAAUAUGGUUUGCUCAUUUGCUUGAGAGUGCAAUAAGCUGAUCAGUUUUUAGAAUAAACUGGUUUUACUAUGUUAAGUGCAGACCCAUGAAAAGCCUUGGCAAGGACCUGGCCUGGGAUAAUUCAGGAGCUCUGGUGUGUGUAUUAGUGUUGCUUUCCUGUAAUGAUAAAAAUACUGUGAGGAAUCUCAAGAGUAUUUCCCUUAAAACUGAAAUUAGUGCUAGGCUGAAAUCAGUUUCAGUGAAACUUGAAGUUUAUUUGGAGGAAUGAUUGGGGCUGCAGGGGACAAAACUAUCCUCUUUGUCUGCAUGUUCCUGAGGUUUCAGGAUACUGGUGGCAGCAGCAUGAGCAGCCUUUUUAAUUUAUCCUCACUGUUGCAUAUGUGCAGACAAGAGCAGUGCUGCCAGCCAAAAUCCUCACCCCACCCCACGAAUGCACCAAGGAAUAAUGUGACAUUGUGUAUAACUUCCCAGUGCACUCGGGGGGUGUGGGUGGGGUGUGAAAUGCAGUUUCUAGUGCAGCUGCCACCUACACAAGCAAAGCAUUAAAGCAAGUUUUAUUUUUUAAAACCCUCUAUUACCGCUGUUAGUAAAUCCCUCAAAACUCUGAAGAUGGUUGCCCUUGUGAGAAUACCGUUGUCUAGUUCACCACUUGUGAACUAGACAAAGAAAGCAGGGGAACUUUCAGACCAGCAGUAAGUGGAAAUCUCUUGCACAGAUAUAGUUUGGAUCACAUGUGCUAUGUUGCAGUGGGGCUUACUGCACGGCCUCAUGAUGUGUUUAGGGCAAGCCUGCACCACUUAUGACCAAGCAAGACAAACUUAUUUCACCAGAAAUGUGCAGGGGCUUAACAACCCCCCUUGGGUUUCAGUCUAAGGCAAACAAACAGAAAAGGGCAGAGGAAUUUUCUGAGCACCUAGUGGGCAGUGGUUGGGUUUGUGGGUUUUGAGUUUGUGCUGGCUUGGUUUUGGACAGUGUCUCAUGUGCUGUCACAGACAGAAGAAUAACUGGCAAAUCAAGAUAUGAGCUAUUUGGUCUGCAAGGUGCUGUGGCAAUGACUUCUGUCAGCAAUUGGAUCCAAAAUAACUUCACUACAGCCACAAUCUAGAGAUUUUUCUGCCUCUAUCUUCGUAAGAGCAGCCCUUCCUGCACAAUCCUACAAGCUGUUUUUUUUAGGUGUGAAGUCUCUAAAAGCAGUUCUUACUAUGUGAUCUAGACUGCAAAAUUUGAAAGCACCUCCAGAAACAUUAUUGUAAUGCUUAAAAGACGUUUUUACUCUACUAUCAUCACUGGAGAUUGUGAGCCUUACUUGUUACUGAGCUUGUUUGCAAAUAAAGUUUCUCUGGGCCUUAA